AUGCCCAAACCAAUUCCACCCCAUUUACAACAAUCAAGAUUGAAAAUCAAUUUAAAAAUGGCACUUUCAAAAAUAAAUUUCACAAAAGAUAAAAAAAUAGCAUUAACAAAACAACAAAGAAGACAAUUAGCUGAAUUAUUAAAUCAAAGAAAAGAAUCAUCUGCCAAAAUAAAAGUAGAAAAUAUAAUAAGAGAUGAUAUAUAUAUUGAAUUAUUAGAAAUUUUAGAAUUAUAUUGUGAAUUAUUAUUAACUAGAAUUAAUCUUAUUUUGGAAAGAUCAACAUUAGAUAAAAAUCUUAUUGAAUCAAUAAGUUCAAUAAUAUAUUCUGCAAAUUUUACAGAAUUAAAAGAAUUACAAACUAUAAAAGACAUAUUUAUAUUAAAAUAUGGUUCUGAAUUUGGUAAAGAAUGUUUAGAAAAUUCAGAACAAACAGUCCCCGACAAGAUUGUAAGAAAAUGUAUAAUUGAUGCCCCCAGUGAAGAAUUAGUAAAUAUGUAUUUAGUUGAAAUCGCAUUAGCUUAUUCUGUUCCAUAUAGUGGGUUGAAAAAUUUAAAACUUGAUGAUGAUGAUGAAAAAGAUGAUAAUGAUAACGAUAAUAAUGAAAAUGGUGGUACUAAAGAAGCAAUAAAAGAGGAUCCAUUAACUGAAUUAAAUGAUAAACCAAGUGUUGCUGCUAGUAAGAAACCCGUUGAUCCUGUGAAGCCAAAAGAUGAUUUUGAAGAUAUAGCUAAAAGAUUUGCUGCUUUAAAGAAUACACCAAAAUGA